AUGACGCCAAGUAACUUCUUGCUUUCAGCCCAGCUUUCAGUACUCUCCCCUCCCGCUCACAUUGUCUCGAUUCCACUCCAGACUUCACGCCAAAAUCUACCCCUACCGACAAUACCGGCCGAUGCGGAUUUACCUGUCGAACACGCGUCCUUUGCAUCUGUCUUUUACGCCUCACAUACGGGCUCAAUCUUACUUCGGCUGCUCCAUGGCGGACUGGUAGUCGAACUCUCAUCCUUGUCCAGCGACGUUCCACCCAUCCGUUUCGUAUUCCCUGCACCCGUUCUCCCUGCACCAGGUAUAAGCGCCUACGGUAACAAUGAAAUUCAUCUUCUUGCAUUAACAACCAGUGGUUCCCUCUACCGCCUCGUUCUCCCUGCAUCGAGUCCGACGCGUCUGUGGCAUGAACCUCUUAGUAAAAACUGGUGUCGCGAGUACCUUAUCAAGGCAACGUCGGACAAGAUAACCGGAGUGUCCCUGGUUCAUGGUGUCUACUGUGUUGCCGUGGGGCUUUCAAACGGAUCGUUAUUGCGAGUUGAGACGGAACAACUCGGGGAUGAUGUGAGCCAUGACUUUUGGAACGAGUCCCUUGUUCACCCGAAUUCUUUCCUCGGAAGUUUCACUUCCUUCCUACCCAAUCUAAACUCAGGAGGCUCCGAGAUUGUCGCGCUCGCAAGUCAUCCACAACCUAUAGAUAUCAGCAACUUCUGGUCUCUUUCCCGGGACCGUACCCUCAGACUUUGGACUGCCAAAGGUGGCUGUGUAGCAUCUAAGCCAUUAUCCACUCCUGGGAGAGCAUUGACUCCGUCGUUAGAAGGAAGGGCUAGUUCGGCCUUUGCAGAAGGCAGAGGAGACAACCUUCUUCGGGUUUUCUCUGUUAUUAACGACGCAGAGCAGCACAUCUAUGUUCUCGCAUUUAUUCCGACGCCUGCAGCCCCUAACAUGGGCGGGUACUUUCACCUGAUUGACUCGACUGCAGAUUCCAUUCGUGAGAUGCAGGUUAUAGAGUGCUCUAGCUCUAGUAUCCAUUGCCAUCUCCAGGAUUUCUUCGUGACCAGCGGUACUCUGUACCUGCUUUGGGAAAAGCAAGGCACGUCUCUGGUAGAACGAACUAAAUUGGCGUUGGUCGAUUCGAAAGCACCUUUGGACUUGGUGUGGGAGGCAGCGACCCAUGGAGAAGAAACGGAGCUCACGCCUACAUACCUAGACGAGCUGCUUCUGUCACCAGGUUCAUUGACAGACAAAUUCGUUGAAGCUAUCCUUCGACCAGGUGUUUUCUCACCUCUCACCCUUCAAACAGCUAUAGAUCAGUACACUCAAGCCUGCCUAUCUCUUCCUGGUCCGCCGCCAUCCCAGCUGGUGACCCCUUAUCUGACGCUUGCGGAGAACAUCACAGCAGUCGUGGGAUGCACCGUUAGUCUCUUACGUGACCCAUCAACGGGGGUGCUUCAAUAUGCGAACUAUUGGAGUGCCCUCAAACGAGAUUGGGAGGGAUUCAUUGCACGUUGCCGUGAGCUUGAACGGAGCGCUCGCUGGCCUCUCGCUUUGGGAAUAGGCGAUACUUCCGGCACCAUCAUGGCUGUGGAACGAGAAAGGGUCGGAAUCCUCGCGGUAGAAGACCUCCCCUUACGAACGCACCGGCAGCUCACAGAGUCUCUCCCCGUCGAACAACACUUUCUUUUGCUCGAUAUCAUUUGGACCCUAUGCGACAAACUUGGCAACGAGGCUCUGUUGGCCCUGGAAACUGCCGUCGUCGAUCUUUUGCAUCAGGAAAUCGCAUUCUCCACGGUUGAUAUAAUUCAAGAUCAAGCACUCCGACUAGAGCUUAGGGAAAAAGUGGAUGAGGCUACCGAGGAGUCCAUUUACGCCCGGCUUCAAAGUCUGGAGGAUCUGGACAGAGAUGUUCGCACCAUAAUUGAUUUGGUUGCCGGAUUUGAUCAAGAGGUGAAGAAGGAAGAAGAUGAAGUGGAGUUGCUCCUGCCGUGUAGCCGAUCCGAGUGGUGCACCGCUCUUACAACCGCCUACGUCUCGACGACCGUCCAUGCGCGUUACGAUAUUUCCCUGGCCCUCAUCACUCUGCUGUUUUUCAUUUCGGAAGACCUAACAGGAUGGGAUCAUUCCCUUAUAGAAGAAAUAUUUGCUGUAUUCCGGGGUUUGGCUAUGCUCCGCUCUGUCGCACGUCAGCCUGCAGGCGAUAUUACUAACAACAGAUCUAAGUCAUCGGACGGCUCGGCCACCGACGAGGUAAUUGCGAGGAUGAACGACAUGCAGGUGUCCAGUUCGCAUUAUCCUCGUGGCGAAUCUAGUUUCCCUCUCCUGCAUCGUUUGCUGGCGCAAAAUUUCGACAUCAGCGAGCUGCCUAGCGCUGCUCAUCGGUUUUUGGAUGCUACUGGAAUGCUUCAGUCGACAUCGCCUGCCCAUGUUACGAGCUCUGAGGUACUUUUUUGCGAACGCGCACGAUUGCUCGGGUACUGCGAAGUUUCACGUGAGCUGCUCUUGUGGCUUCCAAGGACACCCGCCGUGACUUUCUCUACGGCAUGCCUGUGGAUUGAGUUUGGGCGGCCAGAUGACGCAGCACUUUUAUUAGAGAAAGCCGCAGGAUCGUUCGCAGGCGCUAACAGCGGGCUCUCGUUCGAGGACGCCGAGGCCCUUGGUUCGGUAAUCCCUGGCGGAAAACUAUACGACUCGGAGUACAUAUUCUAUCUGCAUAUGGCGGCCCUGUUUAAAACCUACUCGCUCACGCAGCAUGAAGUUGCCUUCAUUCAGCAUGCUCUCAUGGUCUCGACCCCUGAUUUUGACACCGAGGACUUAUGGCUUAAUUUAAUCAGGGGUUAUAUCGAACUGGGGCGCUACGAAGAUGCAUACACCUCAAUACUGACGACACCUUACGAUCAUUUGAAACGCGAUUGCAUCGGCGACAUUGUGUACCGCAUGUGCGAGGACAAUGCGGUCGAAAAACUCAUGUCAUUGAUCUUCACCGACUUGGCGAAUGAGGUUGAAGAUGCCUUGGCCUUCAAAGCUCGCAAUACGGAUCCUCGAGUACGGCCAUUUUAUUCCCGAAUACUGUAUACGUGGUAUACUAUGCGCGGAGACCAUCGUAACGCUUCUCGUACGAUGUACCAUCGCGCCCGCAAACUAGCGGAAGAUCCUCAACGGCUCGACAACAUCAUAGAACCCUUGGAAGACCAGUUGGAGUCUUUCAUGCUUGCUCUUAAUUCUCUCUCGUUAUGCGAUUCACGGAGUGCUUGGUUCACUGUUCCUAUCGUGAAUGACUCUACUACCGAGUUACGCACACGCCACCGAGUGACCAAGAACAUCCCGAAGUCCAACUUUAGCGAAGAUCAUCCAGACCUGGAGAUUGUUGACAUUGAAGCAGUGCGCUUCGACUAUACACUCGUGACGGCAAGGCUGCAACUCAUCAAGAAGGAUCCAUCUCUACUUUCUGCUCCAGACCUGCUGAUGUCGCCGGCAGCGGUCAUCCUCAAGCUCGGUCAGACAAAUCAAUUUGACAUGGCAAUGACGAUGGCUCGUGACCUCAAGGUUGACAUGGGCGAUCUAUUUGCGAUGAUGACAACUCAGUGCCUGCGGCUCGCGCGGGACCCGGCCGGCGUCCUGCAAGAGGAUACUUCCGACUGGCUGGUCACGGACAAAGUUUCGUCUUGGCCCGGCACGGCCGCAGACAGGGGGUGGAGAUACCUCCGGCAGGCGUUGGAGCAACACGAUGGACCCAAGACGGAUCACAAGUACACGAAGUCAGCGUACGAAACGGUGCUUGCAUUCGAUCGGUCGCCCCCGCCGCCCUGGCUUAUAAAUUCACUUGAGGAGCAACACCCGGAAUAUCUUAUAAGGACGAGUCUGCGGUUCGACGCGAUCGUGAGUGCAAUGGAGCAUACCCUUUCGCUCGUCAAAAAGAGCGACAAGAAGGUGGCGCACAUCGCGAACAACACGGUGUACGCUACCUGGUUGCCAUACACGCUGAUCGACCAAGUGCUGGCGGCGGCGGCCUCGCAAAAUGACCUGGGCGAGCGCGGACAAACGCUCCGGAAAGAGCUGCAGGCGGAAAUCAAUAAUCGAAUUAAACGUAUGCAGAAGAUGAGUCGAUUAUCCACGUAAGUAGACAUAUAUGUACGGUUGCUGCACUUCGAUGAGCACAAAUGAGAUUGGAUUUUCAUUCUUC